AUCCCCCUUUCCUCUCCAAAAGUCCAAACGAGUCCUUCUCGUUCUUGAUCGGCAGAUCGAGAGAGAGAGAGAGAGAGACAGAGACGGAGUAGACAUCGAUGAAAGAAUCAACGGCCACGAUGGAGAUCCAACUCUCCCGCCCCACCAUCAUCUCCCCCUCAUCUUCAUCCUCUUCCUCCUCCAACCCCAAUAACCACAACCACAACGAAAACCCCAACAACAACAAUGAAAACCCUAACAGCAGCAACAACAGCAACAAUCCCAUGCAAUCUUGGUGGGAAUCCAUCUCCAAAGCCCGGUCACGAAUCCAGGCGCUCUCAUCCAUCCUUCCUCCAUCCUCAUCGUCCAUCCUUUCCGCCCUCGCAGACUCCGAUCGCCCGGCCCGCUCCCUCCUCGAAUCUCCCGACGCCUCCCUCUCUAUCUCCGCCGCCCUUUCCGCCCCCUACUCCGGCUCCGGCGACGACCCUCUCUGCCACUGGCUCUACGAUACCUUCCUCUCCUCCGAUCCCGAUCUCUGCCUCAUCGUCCUCUCCUUCAUCCCCCUCCUCUCCGGCAUCUACCUCUCCCGCGUCGUCUCCGCCGGCCCUGCAGCUCCGUCCCUCGCCGGCUUCGAGGCCGUCCUUCUCUCACUCUACGCCUCCGAGACGAAGGCCCGUGCCGGGAAGCCCGUCCUCAUCUCCGUCCCCGACCUCUCCUACCCCUCCCUCUACCACUCACCCCGCAACAAGCCCCCUCCCUUCCAAUCCCAGCCGUCCGUCGGUGUCCUCUCUGCCCCUCUUGAACCCCAGAGCGCCAUCAAGUCGACCAAGCGCGCUUGCAUUGUCGCUGUCGCGCUCGAUUGCUACCAUAAGAAGAUCUCCCUUAUGCCGAGCCGGUCCAAGAUUGACUUGUGCGAGUUUGCCGCUGCGUGGGCAGGGCAGGAUUGCUCUUGCCCGGACGAAUUAGACAGUGCUAGCUUGGAUGGGAAAGAUGGAAAUAGCAAUUCCUUUAUGGAGAUUAGGAUUUCAGGAGACGGGGACGAAAUUGAGAGUGUUGGGGAGGAGAUGGGCAGGCUGGGGAUUGUAGAAUGCAGCCCCAAGAGAGCCAAUGGGCAUUGCACAGAAAAUGGGGCUUCUUUGAGAGGUUCCAGAAUUCCACUCCCAUGGGAGUUAUUCCAGGUGAUGCUGAGAAAUCUUGGGCACUGCCUUUUGGCCCCGCUGAAUCCGCAGGAGGUGAGGGACGCAGCAUCGGUGGCGGUACGAUGUUUGUAUGCUCGGGCGUUGCACGAUCUAAUCCCACAGGCAAUUUUGGCCACACGGAGUCUGAUCCAGCUCGAUAAGAGGGCACGGGCAUUGGCGAAGGAGGCUGCAGCGGCCAACUCUGCGUCGAAUCCGAACACGCCAAGCAAGCCGAAGAAGCCAGAGAUUCUCUUGGUCUCGAAAUGAUUGGACAUGACAGCAAGUUUAUGUUUUCGUGGUCAAAGGUUAUUCUUGCACAAUGCAAGUGGCUGGUUUGGUGAUGCUCCUCUAGAAGCUUCCGGUGAUUUUGGUUUAAACCCGGAGGAUGGAGAGUUUCAUCUGAUGUGUCAGGUUCCAUGUGUUGAAGUUAAUGCCCUCAUGAAGACUUUCAAGAUGAAGCCUUUGCUGUUUCCGAUCUCACCGUUCAUCUUUUCAGCUACCACACCGGCCUAGCUUAGAGCACUGACGAUGCUUCACUCGCUGGGCCGCACGUGGGCCUGAAUAUGUGGAAGGAAUGGUUGGUUGGUAGGCAAGGUGGGCCCAAGUCAGUUUCCAUCCUAUUCACAGCUUACCUUUCAAGAAAGACUUUAAUGCUACCCCUACAAAGCAACCCACACGCAAUCUGAUGGGUCAACAUCUUUCAGUGGGACCCUGAUCCUUGUCUAAAUGAAAGUUCCUUUAUUAGAGUAGUUGCUUCAUCUCACCUAAUAUCUAACCAUCGUAGAUACUCAAUAUAACAAAAGCAUUUUCGUGCUCCA